GGGCGUGUCUAACUAUAAGCUGCACAUAGAUAUAAAUCGUAGCACAACCCUCGUAUUUUCAAAUACGGGAUCCGACGUGGGACGUGUUACUUUACCUAAUCUAACGAGAGACUGAGAAACAAUGGCUCGUACCAAGCAGACCGCGCGUAAAUCCACUGGAGGUAAGGCGCCAAGGAAACAGCUGGCGACCAAAGCCGCAAGAAAGAGCGCGCCCUCUACUGGCGGUGUAAAGAAGCCCCAUAGAUACAGGCCUGGAACUGUUGCUCUGAGAGAGAUUCGUCGUUAUCAGAAGUCAACAGAGUUGCUCAUCCGCAAGUUGCCCUUCCAGCGUUUGGUGAGGGAAAUCGCACAAGACUUCAAAACUGACCUGCGUUUCCAGAGUGCAGCUAUUGGUGCACUACAGGAAGCAAGUGAGGCUUACCUUGUAGGUCUGUUUGAAGACACAAACUUGUGUGCCAUCCACGCCAAGAGAGUCACAAUCAUGCCCAAGGACAUCCAGCUGGCACGGCGAAUCAGAGGAGAGCGGGCAUAAUUCAAUCCCCCAUCCCUUUUAAUUUUUUUUAAACCUUAUUUUUAACUUUUAAUGAACACUCAAAGUAAAAGCAAUGGAUUUGUACAUUGGAGUCAUUUUUGUAAAACAUUCCUUGCAGACUCAGGUUUUUCAAGUGAGUGUAUCAAGAGUAACCAUUUUAGAGCUCAUUGUAAAGUGGCUUUAGUUGCAUGUGCAAAGUAUUUAUCACUUAUCUUUUUGCAUUGAGUUGUAAAUAAAAUUACACUACCUCA